AACGAACAAAAAAAGUACGCAGCCCAAUCAGCAGCGGCUUUGUACUACAUCAUUGGUUGUGUUCAUCUGUCAAAUAAAAAAAAAUCCAACUCGAAAACGUGGAUCCAGAUUGCAUCAGAGUAAAAAAAAAGUUUCACUACACUAUCAUUCACACUGCCGUAUAAAGUCAAACACCGAAAUUGAGGACAGUUCAUAAUAAUUUGCCUUUCAUUCAUUUCAAACUAAAUACAUUUCCGUACAUAUUGCAUAUCGUAACUUUAGUGCAUAGAAAAUGCCUUCUGAAGAUUUAGCACGCCUUUCACUUGACGCCAUUUAUACGUCAGAGAAAAAUGGAAAUGAUGAAAGUGGCAAUGGCACUGAGUCAGCACCAUUUAAAACGAUUUUGCAAGCGAUGCGUCACGCUGGAAAGGAACCAUUUCCAACUAUUUAUGUAGAUGCAAAGGAUGAAAAGGCCGAAUCAGCAUUCGAACCAGCUGCAAAAUCACAGCUGAAAAAAAUCCAAAAGAUUUGGGCACGCGAAGUGAGCAAAAACGCUGAUAAAUCGAAACGUGAAGAAGAAGAUGCUAAAAAACGUGAACAAAACCUUGGAGAUGCACGUAAAAUUAAAAUUACCGAAGAUCCAUCAUGGUCAGCUGCAAAGCAAAUUAAAAUCCGUGAUUCGGUUGCCAAUCGUAACAUUCGCGUGAAAAUCUAUGGUUGGGUUCAUCGAUUGCGACGACAAGGCAAAGCUCUAAUGUUCAUUACACUUCGUGAUGGCACUGGUUAUAUACAGUGCGUUUUGACUGAUUUACUAUGUCAGACAUACGAUGCUUUGGUGUUAUCAACAGAGUCAUCCAUUCAAAUUUUCGGAACGAUCAUCGAAGUUCCGGAAGGAAAAACGGCACCAGACGGCCAUGAAUUGAAAGUCGAUUACUAUAAAGUUAUUGGACUGGCACCAGCCGGAGGUGCUGAUACAAUUUUGAACGAAGAGUCGCAUCCCGAUGUUCAAUUAGAUAAUCGACACAUUAUGAUCCGAGGUGAAACCACUUCAAAAGUUCUGAAAAUGCGAAGUGUUGUACUCAAUGCAUUCCGUUCGCAUUAUGCUGACCAGGGCUAUAACGAAAUAACACCACCCACGUUAGUUCAAACGCAAGUAGAAGGUGGCGCAACUUUAUUCAAAUUAAAAUAUUUUGAUGAAGAGGCUUAUCUUACACAAAGCUCGCAACUAUACCUAGAGACUGUUCUACCAGCGCUCGGAGAUGUUUAUUGCAUUGCUCAAUCAUAUCGUGCGGAAGCAAGUCGUACUCGCAGACAUUUGGCUGAAUAUAGUCAUAUUGAGGCCGAAUGUCCAUUCAUCACGUUCGAUGAAUUACUUGACAGACUCGAAGAAUUAGUAUGUGAUGUAGUUGAUCGUGUAUUGAAAUCACCGUUUGGACAUUACGUCAAAGAAUUUAAUCCCGAGUUUGUACCGCCAAAAAGACCAUUCCGACGAAUGAACUAUAAGGAUGCUAUCGAUUGGCUGAAAGAAAACAAUGUGACCAAGGAUGAUGGUACAUUCUAUGAAUACGGUGAAGAUAUUCCGGAAGCUCCUGAACGUCGUAUGACCGAUACAAUAAAUGAGCCAAUCAUGUUGUGUCGUUUCCCAGCCGAAAUAAAAUCAUUUUAUAUGUCAAAGACCCCGGAAGAUCCAACCCUAACCGAAUCGGUAGAUGUUUUGUUACCCAAUGUGGGCGAAAUCGUCGGAGGAUCGAUGAGGAUGUACAACAAUGAAGAAUUACUUGAAGGUUACAAGCGUGAAGGAAUUGACAGCGCUCCCUAUUAUUGGUAUACAGACCAGAGAGUGUACGGUGGCCAACCUCAUGGCGGUUACGGAUUGGGUUUGGAACGUUUCCUAUGCUGGCUUUUGAACCGCUAUCAUAUUCGUGAAGUUUGCCUAUAUCCACGUUUCAUCGGCCGUUGCAAACCAUAAACUUAUCUCAUCAUUCAAGAAAUAUAUAAUUAUUCACGUUUAUAAUCCGAUCCGAAUUUAAGCUAUCUGCUCUUCAAUAACAGGGAUUGAAAAUGUUUAGGUAUUUGUCACACAAAUCGUUUUUCGAACAACUCCGUCGUUUCAUUGUUUUACAAGCAAACCAAAGACCAUGACGUUUGUAUGACGAAUAUACACCAAUACUAUAUCAUGCGCUUGCGUAUGUGGAUAGAGAUGACUUGAUGUUAUACAUGCCGCAUCGUCAUACAAACAAAAUUGAAAUCAUUUUGUUUUCGCUUCAAUCCCUGUUCAAAUAUGAAAUAAAAUAAUUUUACGCUAAAA